AUGGUGGAGGUGAUUUCCACGCAUAUCAAAGAUGUGUGGGACGCAUGGAACAUCAGGGGAAUGGUAAUUCUCAGUCUCUCAAUUCAGACAAUUCUCAUCGUCUUAGCUCCAUUGAGGAAACGAACACGCAACAGUUUCCUGGUUAUAGUCCUGUGGUUGUCUUAUCUCUUAGCAGAUUGGUCUGCCAACUUUGCAAUCGGUCUCAUUGCCAAGAACCAAGGGAAAGAAUUAAAACCCGAAGAUCCUCCUCAGGACCAGAAGCUCAUGGCUUUGUGGGCACCGUUCUUGCUCCUUCAUCUUGGUGGACCAGACACAAUCACUGCAUAUUCUCUCGCGGACAAUGCUCUUUGGCACAGACACUUCCUCGGCCUGGGUUUGCAGGCUAUUUCAGGUGCUUACGUGGUCAUCCAGUCGCUGCCCAAUACGCUCUGGGUGAUCAUACUGCUUUUAUUCAUUGCUGGGACCUGUAAGUAUCUCGAAAGGACCAUUGCGUUGUACCUCGCAAGCUCAGAUAAGUUCAGAGGCUCAAUUCUCAAGGUGUCUGAUGAGGCCCGCAGCCUGGAGAAGGGAGAGGACUCAAUGCAAGAGUAUGAUCGACAACAGAGACCUCUAGAGCUUGAAAAGCAUGAUGGAGAUUUGACGCACCUCGAGAUUCUUCAGUUUGCUUUCUGGUUCUUCAAUAACUUCAAGAGUCUUAUGGUGAAUAACAUCUUCACCUCUGAGCAAAGUGACGAGAGCAGGGAAUUCUUCAGCAGAUUAAAACACGAAGAAGCUUUGAGAAUUUUAGAGCUCGAGCUUGGUUUUAUCUAUGAAGGUCUAUACACAAAAGCUUCAGUUCUUCAUACUUGGAUUGGAGCUGCAACCAGGACCAUAACCAUCGGAUCUCUUCUGUCAGCCUUCUGCAUCUUUCAUUAUAGACCCAAGAAGAGCCAUGAGUUUCAUGGAGCCGAUAUCGUAAUCACCUACACUCUCUUCUUAGUUGGAAUAGCUCUGGAUCUCAGAUCUCUCCUCGUAUUCAUGACCUCCGAGUGGACAUUUGCUGUCUUCAGCAGGCUAAACGAAGGCGAGGCAGAUGACGAAACAGAUGACGAAUCAGAAAGUGGUUCAUGGAUAGACCCCCAACUCAACUGGUUCCUUGGUUUUAAGAGGCUGCAAUGGAAGAAGGAAAAAUGCUGCAAGGGAGUCGAGCACGAGGUGCUGAACACGCCGUUUCUACUCCAGAGAUGGGCAGGAAGCAUCAAGCUCUUCAACUUUAUUUCAUACUCUAUGAAUGCAGAUACAGAGAGAAUCCAUGGCGCCAAAGGUAGAAGACGUCGGUGUGUACGGAAGGCUAUACUUCUGCCUUUCAUUUACACUAUCAACAUCUUCAAGGAAGCGUGCAAAAGGAUCGCCGUUUGGAAUCACAAACUUCACCAGUAUAUCGGAGAUGUCACCAACAACUGGCCGAUGUUUAUUAUUGUUAUUGUUGAAUUCUGGUUCAGGAUUCCUCACUUCUUCAAAUCUACUGGAAACUACAUCACCAGCAUCCUCGGCAUCAGUGAUCUUGAUAGGACCAUUCCAAAAAGAUUUGUACACAGUGAACCCUUGACCAAAGAAUUGUGGGUUAACAUAUUUACUCAGCUGCAAUGCAAACUCCAACAUCCAGACAGGCAGGAUAUAAGCAAAACACAAGCUGUAAGGAGAGGAUGGGCUUCUGGCAACACCGACUUAGAGAUGGCAAAGCUAGAAGGGCUGAUGCGUUAUAUAGCAGAUGUUGAUUACGACCGGAGCCUUUUGCUCUGGCACAUAGCAACUGAGCUGUGUUACCAAGAAGAAGCGUCUACACUGGAGAAUCAUAAAGAUCGUGAGUUCAGUAAAAUCAUCUCAGACUACAUGAUGUAUCUUUUGAUCAAUCAGCCAAAGCUGAUGUCAGAAGUUGCAGGCAUAGGGAUGAUCAGAUUUAGAGACACGUUGGCCGAGGCUGAAAAGUUCUUCAGGAGGAGGCACAUCGAGAACUUGAGGGAUGUGAAAGCUGCUAGUGAUGAAAUUCUUUCGAUUAGCAUAGAAUUUGAUCCAAGAGAUUUCAAAGGAAACAAAAGCAAAUCUGUGCUGUUUGAAGCAGCAGCGCUGGCCAAAGAACUCAAACGGGUGAAGAUGGACCGUGGAGAAGUACACGAGUGGAGGAUGGUGAGCAAAGUGUGGAUGGAGUUGCUGUUCCACGCAGCAUGCAAUAGCGAUGCUACAGCGCGCAUGGAGCAGCUCAGAAAAGGAGGAGAGCUCAUCAACUUUGUUUGGCUAGCGAUGGCUCACCUCGGCCUAGGAGACCAGCUGGCAUCAUCAACAAAAGAAACACCCGAGCCAAAAUGGAUGUAA